CUACAAUUGUUUUACAUUUUUUGGGUUAGUGUUUUGUGGGUGUUCUUGAAAGCAGUUUUUCUUGUUGAGAGCUAUGGCAGAAGACGGAGAAAAUGAUGGUAUGGAAAUCAAACUGGAAACAGCUCCUCACGAUCCUCGUUUCCAAACCACCAACCAAGCGAAGCACUGUUGGUCGAGGUAUAUAGAGUACCACGCAUGUGUGAAACAGAAGGGUGAGGAAGAUAGUGAGUGUCAGAAGUUUAAGAGAUGGUAUAAAUCUCUCUGUCCAAAUGAAUGGUUGGAAAACUGGGACGAGCAGCGUGCAAGUGGUACCUUCCCUGGCCCCGUAUAGUUUCCAAGAAGGGAUUUGUAGACUGAAGUUCCAAUUCUCUUUGUUCAAUAAAGUUUUCUUUAGUAGC